CAUCCUGGGAAAAAACUAUUUCACGACUUAAAGGAGUCAUCAAAUUUAAUUCAGUAGCUAGCUUCGCCCCUAAGGAUAAAAGUGUUUACAAAACAUAACCCAAUAGUGACAGAGAUUCAGCCUUUAUGGAGCCCACCCACAAAGACAGUUUAGCAGGAUGAACUACUUCCUAAACACCAGUCGCCCAACGUCUCUCCCACGACCGGGUCACGCCCCUGGGCGUCAGUGCAGAACUCUUCCCCGCCCCAGCCAACCAAGCGCAGAGCGAUUUCAGGUAUGCCUCUCGCGGGAGCUAACAUUGUUGCGAGAUUUUGAAAGUGCAGGCGAUCUGUGUAAUAUCGCGAGAAUUUAAACGGGAAACGUGAGGACAUUAAGGGUUUUGGCUAACCGGAAAUCCGGCUGUUUUUUCAGUUGGCUGGAAGCUUUUUCAUGUGGAGUGUUGCUGACUCUUUUCUGUAAACUCCCUGCAGGAUAAUGCUGACUCGGGUCCUCGGAGAGGACGUCCCUUCCGAGUAAUCUGCAGACUUUUAAUACUUGCUCACGUCAAGUUCCCAGCAUAAUUUGAAAGGAAAAUCAGAGGGGAAGCUUGCAAAACAGAUUUGCAAAGUUGUGUUGGAUCAUUUUGAAAAGCAGUAUUCCAAAGAACUUGAAGAUUCCUGGAAUACAGUGAGCUGCAUUUGAACCUGGGGCUGUUUGAACCAAUAAAUUAAUUCCAUGGAACAUAGACUCCUCUUUGAGCAUGGUGUCAGCAGGUUACUGAGCUAUCAGUCUGGAUGUAUUGAUAUCUCCAUCAUUGUGGCAAUAUGCUGUCCUCCUCAACCGAUUCAAUUAUCCUUUUGAACUGGAAAUGGAUUUAUAUUUGAAGGGCUAUCACCAACUCUUUCAAGGAUCUUUACCCUACUGUCCUAAAUCACUAAAGUGUUACCUCAGCAGAACUACAGACCGUUUGCCUUCAGAAAGACACCAGUUUGGUAACCUGAAAAAAUACUAUCUCCUGAAUGCUGCUUCUCUUCUCCCAGUACUAGCUCUGGAAUUACGGAAUGGGGAGAAGGCUCUAGAUCUAUGUGCUGCUCCUGGAGGCAAAUCAUUAGCACUGCUACAAUGUGCUUGGCCAGGGUAUCUUCAUUGUAAUGAAUACGAUAGACUGAGACUGAGGUGGCUGAGGCAGACAUUAGAAUCUUUCAUCCCACAACCUUUGAUAAAUGUAAUUAAAGUGUCUGAAUCAGAUGGCAGAGAAAUAGGAGAUGCUCAGCCUGAAACAUUUGACAAGGUGUUGGUUGAUGCUCCAUGUUCAAAUGAUCGAAGUUGGUUAUUCUCUUCUGAUCCUCAAAAGGCAACCUGUAGGAUACAUCAAAGGAGGAAUUUGCCUGUUCUACAGAUGGAACUCUUAAGGUCUGCAAUUAAAGCCUUACGUCCUGGAGGGGUACUUGUGUACUCGACAUGCACACUUUCCAAGGCAGAAAAUCAAGAUGUGAUCAAUGAAACUUUAAAUUCCUACAGUAAUGUCAUGCCUGUGGACAUUAGGGAAAUAGCAAGGACUUGCUCCCAAGACUUCACAUUUGCUCCCACUGGCCAGGAAUGUGGACUUUUGGUGAUCCCAGAUAAAGGCAAAGCCUGGGGCCCAAUGUAUGUAGCCAAAUUGAAAAAAUCAUAGAGUACAGGAAAACGGUGACAUGAAUUUUGUAAACAAUUUUGAUGUAUACUUAUGUUUAUGUUUCCACGCUCUCCACAUGCUAAUAUUUAAAUGAUGAUAUAACAAUUUUCCUUUAGUCUGUUUGGAAUCCUAUUUAUUUAAUAUUUUAGCAUUUAGAAUCUAGCCUUGAGAAUUUUUCAGGUGUAUUUUCUUUUCCUAGAAAUAUAUCUGUAGGAACAAUUUAAGGUGAUGAAGAUGGUGUUUAUUCUCUAUAAUAAAUCUGCUGUCUUCUACUUGGCAUUUUAUAUUUAAAUUAGAAUACAUGGUUUUAUGAAUAAAAUGUUUAGAACUACAUUCUACCCAUGAUGUUGGUGCUUUGGACCUUUAAAAAUGCAUAUUUGCCAGCACUCUUACUGUUUCCUCCUUAUGAAAUGUACAGAUUCUUUUUUUCUAAGAACUGAUUGGUAUUCUGAGACUAACUUCUUAAGCAGUACAAUUUUGAGUUCUGAAAAAAUAGGUUUCUUAUUUGCAAAAUUGUUUUCUGUUAAGGACUAUCUUCUGUUUACUACAAAGGUCAGUGACUCAAUUGACACCAGCUUUAGCCCUCCCUCCUUUUUUUUCUUUCGUUUUUUUUUUUUUUUUUGUAUUCACAAAUACAAAUUGAAAGGGUAAAUUAUGUUGAAAGGCCUUUAGGACAGCAGAUUCACAUGCACACGUUUGACUUUCGACAUUCAGCUUCUAGAAUAAUGGAGUCUAUCCAGCAGGCUAUAAGCAAGUACUUGAAACAAAACCAGGAUGAUUAAUAACUGCAAUAACUGAACUAUAUUUGGAGAGUUUUGUUACAUAAUUGCAGUCAUAAUGAGCACUACAGAAUCUGAUUAUCUUACAGUUCCAAUCUGGAGGGGCUUUUUAUUUCACUCUGUUAUAAAAUGUUAUAGGAGAAAAUGAUGUCACUUAUUAAUGCAUGAGAGGGAGAUGCCUAAUGAGAGUGGAUUGUACUAUUACCAAAACCCAAUACCAUUUACUAAGUGGCUCUCUCUGUUUACAUAUAUCCUGGGAAUAUUGUGUAUGUUUCUUUUUGUGUACUUAAGGUUUUAACUUCAAUUUUUGCAUCAUGUGUUUUCUCCAAAAAUUACUUCAAUGAGUCCAAACAUAUUUUACCAAUUAUUAAGAAAAAUUAUGAAGCAUACUUCUUUUUUUUUUAAGAGAGAGAGAGAGAGAAUUUUUUUUUUUAAUAUUUAUUUUUUAGUUUUCAAUGGACACAACAUCUUUGUUUGUAUGUGGUGCUGAGGAUCGAACCCGGGCCGCACACAUGCCAGGUGAGCGCGCUACCGCUUGAGCCACAUCCCCAGCCCAAUGAAGCAUACUUCUAAAGAUAUCUGUUUGGAAAUUAGGGUUUUUAAAUAAAAAAGAAAAAACUUUGUGGUUGUAGAAAUAUGAAAUUCUGCUGAAGCGGAGUACUCUUAUAUUGUUCAUUGUAUUCUGAAUAUUUAAACUAGAGACUAUCUGCUCACUACCUACUUUUUAUUUUGUAAGCAUAUGUAGGCAGAUUUAAAGAACUGGGAAUUCCUAUGAGGACUUUUUCUGUAUCUUCAUUUUAUUAACACCUUUUAAAAAAUCUAACCAAUGUGUUUAUAAAAUAAAACUAGGUCUCUGAGACCCAAUCAAGUACAUUGAAUCAGUACCAAAGACUAAUGAUAAUGGAAAAGUUUUUGUGCUUCUUUUGUUUUGUAUUAUUUGUGCCUCUUUUUUUUCUUCUUCUUUUUUCUAUUUUAAAUCCUGUCUUAAGAUCCUAUAGAUUUAGGCUCUGGGGUUGUAGCUCAGCAGUAGAGCACUCGCCUAGCAUAUGUUAGGCCUUGGGUUCGAUCCUCAGCACCACAGAAAAAUAAAUGAAUUAAGUAAAGGUAUUGUGUCCAACUACACCUAAAAAAUUUUAAAUACAAAAAAAAAAGAUCCUAUGGGUUUAAAAAGUGCAUUUCUUUUGUAUAGUUUAAUUACAAAGUAAAUUUUCACAGUACACUUUGUUGAGUAUCAUUAUUUUCCUAGUAUAAUGCCAUGAAAGUUAAUUUGAAUAGUUGUUGUGACAUUGGAUUAGACUCUUCCAUGAUUACUUUAAAAUGCAUCUGUAUAUUUAUACACUACAUAAAUAUAUAUUGCUUUAUUUAUAAUAAUUAUAAUGAAGCAGCAUUUAUUGAGCAUUGGUUGAUUAAAUUCUUUAUAUAUAUUGUCUUUUUUGGUCUUUAAAACGCCGAUAGUGAGUAUUUUAUCCUCAUUUUUGUAAAUGAGAAAACUAAAACUCAGUGCUGUUUGUAUUUUGCUAAAGUUAUGCUGGUAAGAAAAGAGUAGAGCCAAGGCUGGGUGUGGUGGAAGUUUGGGAGGCUGAGGCAGGAGGAACACGAGUUCAAAACCAGACUCAUGAAUUCAGCGAGACCCUGUCUCUAAAUAAAAUAUAAAAAAUGGCUGAGGAUGUGUCUCAAUGGUUAAGUGUCCCUGGGUUCAAUAUCUGUACAAAAAAAUAAAAAGAAUAAAGCCAUAUUAAAACUG